AUGUUGCAGAUCAUUCAUAAAAAUUUCCCUUUGCCUCCUACCAUCCUUCCACACCCUCACCUAUCUGCCUCCUCCCAUCCUUCUAUACCCUCACCUAUCUGCCUCCUCCCAUCCCUCCACACCCUUCACCUAUCUGCCUCCUCCCAUCCCUCAAUACCCUCACCUAUCUGCCUCCUCCCAUCCUUCUACACCCUCACCUAUCUGCCUCCUCCCAUCCUUCUACACCCUCACCUAUCUGCCUCCUCCCAUCCCUCCACACCCUUCACCUAUCAGCCUCCUCCCAUCCCUCCACAUCCUCAUCUAUCUGCCUCCUCCUAUCCCUCCACACCCUCACCUAUCAGCCUCCUCCCAUCCCUCCACAUCCUCAUCUAUCUGCCUCCUCCCAUCCCUCCACACCCUCACCUAUCUGCCUCCUCCAAUUCCUCCACACAAUCACCUUUCUGCCUCCUUCCAUCGUCCCACACUCUCAUAUAUCUGCCUCUUCCCAUCCUUCUACACCCUCACCUAUCUGCCUCCUCGCAUCCUCCAACACACCCACCUAUCUGCCUCCUCCCAUUCCUCCACACCCUUCACCUAUCUGCCUCCUCCUAUCCCUCCACACCCUUCACCUAUCUGCCUCCUCCCAUCCCUCCACAUCCUCAUCUAUCUGCCUCCUCCUAUCCCUCCACACCCUCACCUAUCUGCCUCCUCCCAUCCUCCCACACCCUCAUAUAUCUGCCUCCUCCCAUCCUUCUAUACCCUCACCUACCUGCCUCCUUCCAUCCUUCCAUACCUUCACCUAUCUGCCUCCUCCCAUCCCUCCACACCCUCACCUUUCUGCCUCCUCCCAUCCCGCCACAUCCUCAUCUAUCUGCCUCCUCCCAUCCUUCCACACCCUCACCUAUCUGCCUCCUACCAUCCUUCCACACCCUCACCUAUCUGCCUCCUCCCAUCCUUCUACACCCUCACCUAUCUGCCUCCUCCCAUUCCUCCACACCCUUCACCUAUCUGCCUCCUCCUAUCCCUCCAAACCCUUCACCUAUCUGCCUCCUCCCAUCCCUCCACAUCCUCAUCUAUCUGCCUCCUCCUAUCCCUCCACACCCUCACCUAUCUGCCUCCUCCCAUCCUCCCACACCCUCAUAUAUCUGCCUCCUCCCAUCCUUCUAUACCCUCACCUACCUGCCUCCUUCCAUCCUUCCAUACCUUCACCUAUCUGCCUCCUCCCAUCCCUCCACACCCUCACCUUUCUGCCUCCUCCCAUCCCGCCACAUCCUCAUCUAUCUGCCUCCUCCCAUCCUUCCACACCCUCACCUAUCUGCCUCCUACCAUCCUUCCACACCCUCACCUAUCUGCCUCCUCCCAUCCCUACACCCUCACCACACCCUCACCUCACCUAUCUGCCUCCUCCCAUCCCUCCACGCCCUUCACCUAUCUGCCUCCUCCCAUCCUUCUACACCCUCACCUAUCUGCCUCCUCCCAUCCCUCCACGCCCUUCACCUAUCAGCCUCCUUCCAUCCCUCCACAUCCUCAUCUAUCUGCCUCCUCCUAUCCCUCCACACCCUCACCUAUCUGCCUCCUCCAAUCCUUCCACACUCUCAUCUAUCUGCCUCCUCCCAUCCUUCCACACCUUCACCUAUCUGCCUUCUUCCAUUCUUCCACACCCGCACCUAUCUGCCUACACAAACCUUCCACACUCUCACCUAUCUGCCUCCUCCCAUCCUUCAACACCCUCACCUAUCUGCCUCCUUCCAUCCCUCCACACCCCUCAUCUAUCUGCCUCCUCCCAUCCUUCCACACCCUCACCAAUCUGCCUCCUCAGUCUAUCUACAUCCAUCGGUCCUACUCUUUUUCCUCCUACCCUUCACACCCCUCACCUAUCUGCCUCCCCAGUAUAUCUACAUCCGUCAUCCUCCUCUUCUUCCUCCUACCCUCCACCUCCUUUACCUCUAUUAUCUAUCCUAA